AUGGGGAGCAGCAAGAGCAAACCCAAAGACCCCAGCCAGCGCCGGCGCAGCCUGGAGCCCACCGAAAACGCCCACCACGGGGGCUACCCGGCUUCGCAGACGCCCAGCAAGGCGGCCGCUCCUGAUGCCCAUCGCACCCCCAGCCGCUCAUUCGGAACCAUGGCCGCCGAGUCCAAGCUCUUCGGAGGCUUCAACACCUCCGACACGGUCACCUCGCCGCAGCGUGCCGGAGCGCUGGCUGGUGGAGUCACCACCUUCGUGGCCCUCUAUGACUACGAGUCCCGGACUGAAACGGACUUGUCCUUCAAGAAAGGAGAACGCCUGCAAAUCGUCAACAACACGGAAGGUGACUGGUGGCUGGCUCAUUCCCUCACUACAGGACAGACGGGCUACAUCCCCAGUAACUAUGUUGCGCCCUCAGACUCCAUCCAGGCUGAAGAGUGGUAUUUUGGGAAGAUCACUCGUCGGGAGUCAGAGCGGCUGCUGCUCAACCCUGAAAACCCCCGAGGGACCUUCCUGGUCCGGGAGAGCGAGACCACGAAAGGUGCCUACUGCCUCUCCGUCUCCGACUUCGACAACGCCAAGGGGCUCAACGUGAAGCACUACAAGAUCCGCAAGCUGGACAGUGGCGGCUUCUACAUCCCCUCCCGCACUCAGUUCAGCAGCCUGCAGCAGCUGGUGGCCUAUUACUCCAAACAUGCCGACGGCUUGUGCCACCGUCUCACCAACGUCUGCCCCACUUCCAAGCCCCAGACCCAAGGCCUCGCCAAAGAUGCCUGGGAAAUCCCCCGGGAAUCGCUGCGGCUGGAGGUCAAGCUGGGGCAGGGCUGCUUCGGAGAGGUGUGGAUGGGGACCUGGAACGGCACCACCCGGGUGGCAAUCAAGACGCUGAAGCCCGGCACCAUGUCCCCGGAGGCCUUCCUGCAGGAAGCCCAGGUCAUGAAGAAGCUCCGGCACGAGAAGCUGGUUCAGCUUUACGCUGUGGUUUCGGAGGAGCCCAUUUACAUCGUCACUGAGUACAUGAGCAAGGGAAGCCUCCUGGACUUCCUGAAGGGCGAGAUGGGCAAGUACCUGCGGCUGCCGCAGCUCGUGGAUAUGGCGGCUCAGAUCGCGUCUGGCAUGGCCUAUGUGGAGAGGAUGAACUACGUCCACCGGGACCUCCGGGCAGCCAACAUCCUCGUGGGGGAGAACCUGGUGUGCAAAGUGGCUGACUUUGGCUUGGCACGGCUCAUCGAGGACAAUGAGUACACCGCUCGGCAAGGCGCAAAGUUCCCCAUCAAGUGGACAGCCCCCGAAGCUGCUCUGUAUGGCAGGUUUACCAUCAAGUCAGACGUCUGGUCCUUCGGCAUCCUCUUGACCGAGCUGACCACCAAGGGCAGAGUGCCAUACCCAGGGAUGGUGAACCGGGAGGUGCUGGACCAGGUGGAGCGGGGGUACCGCAUGCCCUGCCCCCCCGAGUGCCCUGAGUCCCUGCACGACCUCAUGUGCCAGUGCUGGCGGAAGGACCCGGAGGAGCGACCCACCUUCGAGUACCUGCAGGCUUUCCUGGAGGACUACUUCACCUCAACAGAGCCCCAGUACCAGCCUGGCGAGAACCUAUAG